AUGGUAUGAGCCAGUGUUCCACCUUUGUUGGAGUCUGGGGACCAAACUGGAAGAGGUUACACAGGCUGGUAAGAGGAGCCGCCUUCCUGGAAGGGGAUGAGGCCAGGAAGGAGAUUACAGAGGCGCCGAGCCCAGGGCUCCACAAUGGCAUGCCGCAGCUCCUUACAGGGAGAUCAGGGGGCCUGCCAACUUACCCCACCCCAUGAUCUCAUAGCUGUCUUUGCCAGGCGCUGGCUCAGGGAGCAGGUGCUGACAGCAUGGAUUGGGCACAGAGCCCAAGGACAAGAAGGUUCCGCCAUUGCCCCCCAGAAAACAACAGAUUAG